UCGGUCAAUUAUCAUCACUGGCAAAGGAAAACUUUCGUUUUCCGACACCAAAAAAUAGUGAAAAUUUUUAUAGAUUUUUCUUUUUACUGCAAACAAAAACAAUUAAAAUACAAAAUAUUAGUAUAGAUUAUUGAAGUUUUCAAUUAAAAAGGCGUUAAGUACGCAUCAACCAAGAAAAGAGGGCGCGGCUAAAUACGCCACAUUAUAUUAAGAAAAAAAAAAUAUUCUUGAAAAAAUUGUGUUCAAUAAAAAAAGAAUUUAACGUCGUCGUCUUCAUGGCCUGCUGCUACUGCGGUUGUUGUAGGAAGAAAGACGACGCCAGUGUAUAAGAAACUCGCACAAAAAGGACAGCCAAGAUCUUUUUCAACAUAAGACAAAAACUAUUAUGGAUCACAAGAAGUCGCCAGUAAGAAGAAAGCGACAAUCGAAAGUCAUUGAAGAAAAUUUCUGGGACUGCAGUGUAUGCACGUACAGGAACUCGGCCGAGGCAUUUAAAUGUCGCAUGUGUGACGUACGUAAAGCAAAAGUGAUAAAGAAGGCGGCAUUUGGGGGUGGUACUUCUACACGUAAACCACGCCUUAAUUCUGCGCUCGUCGCCCAACAAGCUGCCACAUUACCCGGUGCAUCUGGAGCCAUGCCGAACGGCAAUAAAUCCGCAUCUGGCUCACGCCACAGUAGCUCCGGUCACGAUAAACACAAGCAUAAAAAAUAUCCAGCUCGCUUGAAAAAUGUCGAUCGUUCAACGGCCCAAACCAGAGAAGUCACCGUCAAUUCAGUGACCGUAUUCAUUACGGAAUACAAGCCAAAGCCCGUUGGUAGUAGAAGAGAAUCUAGCGAGCAAAGCUUUAGCGAAAGUAAUGAUUCUCGAAGCUAAAUUUGUUGUUCGUUUACAAUAUAAUUCAAUAUUAAAGCAAAACAGCAAAAUAUUCAAUAGAAAACACACACUACUCCCAAAAUAACAUAAAUCUAACAAAGGAUUCAACAAAAAAAUAAAAAGAACAGAAAAUAAUAUAUUAUUUACUACAAUCCUUUAAUGGCGUCAAUAUCAUCAUCAUAAAUUUCAUUUAUCAUUAUUAUAUCAUCAGUUUUAAGGGAUUCCAAGGUAAGAGCAGACAAACAGACACAACUGUCUAAGGAGAAUGUUAAUAGUUUAUCAUUUAUUAUUAAUUACUAUUAUUUUAAUUUAGGCAAGUUUAUCAUAGAUUUUUAAGAAUAUUAAAUAUGUAUUACAACUUCACUAUAUACAUGCAUACAUACAUAUAUAAAAAUAUAUUAGUUUAUAUUUUAUUUAGAACAGUUAUAUAAACAUAUUUUUUUGGUUAAACAGCGACAGCGUUUCUUCCUUAUAAAAUUACAUACAAGUAUUUGAAUAUCAAAAUUAAUAAGAUACAUAUUAAAGAAUUUGUAAAAAUUUUAGCCAACUAUUUGCACAAAAAUGGCAAAAGUAUUAGAAAAUAAAUGUCAACAUGAUCAAAUUUAGGUUUACUAAAUAGUUCUUGUUAUCAGAAUCUAAAAGUGCUAACAUCCUAAAUGAUUGGAUUUAACAAACAAAUACGUACAGUUUAGAUAGGAAAUUUACUAUGUUAGACAAGUCUGAAGUUAGCAAUAACUGAAGGCCUUAAUUUUUAAAAAUUUCCAUUUAAAAAUAUGUAUAGCUAAAAAAAAUUUUGGGCUUAAAUUUAACUAAAAUAAUAAGACA